AUGUCAUCCAUCUUUUGCUGCUCUUCUCCUUCUCCUUACCGACCGGCUUAUCUAUCACACGAAGCCAAGUUUGACCCUUUCAUUAUUUGGGCCAAAGGAUCUGAAUCAUCCCCCUCUGCCGAUUCAGCCUCUUUCUUCCAGGACCCUAAUAACCUGCCACCUUACGCGGUACAGUUUGUUCGGCAAGUCAAUUUCGGUGCUAUCGAGGCCAAAAGAUACUUCAUUCCUCAUUGCAAAGCAGGUGGCAGUCAGAUUGAGUUCGUGGAAAUUACCGAGCAAGAUUUGAUCACUGGGAACUUCCAGAAACUCAAUUCGUACAAAAACUUCAAAUGCACAACGCACAACAAGUUCUUCGAAGUCAAUCUGUACCAAAAGAACCCGGUCAAUCAGCACCAUUGGAGAUUGAAUAUUGCUCGUCCAGCUAGCGAGAUUGAUCUUUGA